AUGUUCCGAAUCAUAGAUUCUAGAUUUUUCGUCAUCAGUGCCGUGGAAUUAGCCAGAAAAUUACUUGGCAAAAUAUUAGUUCGAAAUAUCAAUGGCCAACUUAUAAAAGUUAAAAUUGCUGCGGCUUUAAACAAUCGGGGCGGUUGUGCUUAUGUUUAUCUUAUUUACGGAAUGUAUUACUGUUUUAAUAUCGCUUCUUCGAUCAAAGGAGACCCACAAGGAGUAUUAAUUCGGGCUGCCGAACCCCUUGAUCAUCAUACCAUUCCCGUUAUUUCUCUUCACGACGAAAAAAAGAAAUUUCAUUAUUAUACUAAUGGUCCAGGCAAAUUAUGCCGAGCACUCAAUAUCGAUAUAAGUCUCAAUCAUAUUGAUCUAACUACUAGCAAUUUAAUCUAUUUAGAAGACGCGCCCGACCUUAGCCAAGAAGAAAUUGUUAUUAAUAAAAGAGUGAACAUUGAUUAUGCCGGAGCAGAUAAAGACCGUUUAUGA